GAUCACCCAUCUACAAGUAUAAAAGAGCUAGCCCCAAAGCCUGUGAAUUCUGUCCAGAAAACAAGAUCGAAAAGAGACUAACAGUUAACAGUGUGUAGUACUAGUAAGAGAAAUAUGGCUUCUCGUCUUUUGCUCGUCGUUCCUCUCCUAUUCUUGUUUCUUUUCUGCCAUACUUCCUCUGCAAGGGUGAGCGUGAAGGUGACUAAGUUGAUGGUUGAGAAGAUUUGUGGGCUGGCCAAGAACCCCAGUUUCUGUCUGGAGGUGCUGACUUCUGACCCAAGAACCGGAUAUGCUGAUCUAGAUCAACUCAGGGGCGUAUGUAUCAAUCUGGCGAUGGUUAAUGUGACAGACACUGAGAAACAGAUAAAUUUGAUGCUGAAGAGAAGCAGCAAAGAGAGACUUAGAUCAUCCCUCACGAAAUGUGCCGCCGACUACUCAAAUGCAAUUGAGCAACUUCGCGAAGCUAUUGAUUUCUUGGGCGCCCGUGAUUAUGAUAGCGUGAGAGACAGGGCAAGUCUUGUGAUAAGCGUGACCAUGUCUUGUGAACUCUCAUUCAGAACUCCCCCACCGAUUUCUUCUCCAUUGACUCAGAACACCAAGAAUGCAGUUGGUCUAGCUGAUAUUAUUUCGGCAGCCUGCACUUUUCGUCCUUGAUCAUCUUUCU